CCGCCUCCCCCCUCAGGCACGCGCCGCGGCCCCGGCCCCUGCUGCGGCCCCUCCGGGUUCCGCUGCCCCGAGCGAGGCCUUCCACCGCCCCUACUCCCCGGCUGUCCAGUCAGGGCUGAGGGGCAAUCGAGGGACUUUCCGAGGCCUGGAGGCCCGCCAGUUGCUCAGGCCUGCGUGCCGCAGAGACCUGCGUGCUGCCCGCGGCCGCUAUGAUCAUCCAAGACGAGAGGAAUGCAGGCAGUAGCUCAGAUGGAACAGAAGACUCUGAUUUCUCUACUGAUCCUGAGCACACAGACAGCUCUGAAAGUGACGGCACAUCACGACGAUCCGCACGUGUGACCCGUUCCUCAGCCAGACUCAGUCAAAGUUCUCAAGAUUCCAGCCCGGUUCGUAACCCACCGUCGUUUGGAGCAGAAGAGCCAGUCUAUUCCACGAGGAGGGUGACCCGCAGCCAGCAGCAGCCGACUCCUGUGACUCCAAAGAAAUACCCGCUCCGACAGACUCGCUCCUCUGGCUCAGAGACUGAGCAAGUGGUUGACUUUUCUGAUAGAGACACUAAAAAUGCAGCGGAUCACGAUGAGUCUCCACCUCGUACCCCCACCGGGAAUGCCCCUUCCUCAGAGUCUGAUAUUGAUAUCUCCAGUCCAAAUGUAUCCCAUGAUGAGAGCAUUGCCAAGGACAUGUCCAUGAAGGAUUCUGGAAGUGACCUGUCUCACCGCCCUAAGCGCCGCCGCUUCCAUGAAAGCUACAAUUUCAACAUGAAAUGUCCCACUCCUGGUUGUAACUCUUUAGGACACCUAACUGGAAAACACGAGCGACACUUCUCCAUUUCGGGGUGCCCCCUGUAUCACAAUCUCUCAGCAGAUGAGUGCAAGGUGCGAGCACAGAGCCGGGAUAAGCAAAUUGAGGAGAGAAUGCUGGCCCAUCGGCAGGAUGACAACAAUAGGCACGCCACCAGGCACCAGGCACCAACAGAGAGACAGCUGCGAUACAAAGAGAAAGUAGCUGAGCUCAGGAAGAAGAGGAACUCAGGGCUAAGCAAGGAGCAAAAAGAAAAAUAUAUGGAACACAGACAAACCUAUGGCAAUACUCGAGAGCCUCUGCUUGAAAACCUGACCAGUGAGUAUGACCUCGAGCUUUUCCGAAGAGCGCAAGCACGGGCAUCUGAGGACCUGGAGAAGCUGCGCCUCCAGGGCCAGAUCACAGAAGGCAGCAACAUGAUCAAAACAAUCGCUUUUGGCCGUUAUGAGCUGGAUACCUGGUAUCAUUCUCCCUACCCAGAGGAGUAUGCUCGUCUGGGGCGUCUCUACAUGUGUGAGUUCUGUCUCAAAUACAUGAAGAGCCAGACAAUACUGCGCAGACAUAUGGCAAAAUGUGUCUGGAAACAUCCCCCGGGUGAUGAAAUCUACCGCAAAGGCUCCAUUUCCGUGUUUGAAGUGGAUGGGAAAAAGAACAAGAUCUACUGUCAAAACCUGUGUCUACUGGCAAAACUUUUCUUGGACCAUAAAACACUGUAUUAUGAUGUUGAACCCUUCCUCUUCUAUGUCAUGACAGAAGCUGACAACACUGGCUGUCAUCUGAUAGGAUAUUUCUCCAAGGAGAAGAAUUCCUUUCUCAACUACAAUGUUUCAUGUAUCCUGACGAUGCCUCAAUACAUGAGACAAGGUUAUGGCAAGAUGCUGAUUGACUUCAGCUAUUUGCUUUCUAAAGUAGAAGAAAAAGUUGGCUCUCCAGAACGCCCUCUGUCUGAUUUAGGUCUCAUCAGCUACCGUAGUUACUGGAAGGAAGUUCUCCUUCGUUACCUGCAUAAUUUCCAAGGAAAAGAGAUCUCCAUAAAAGAAAUCAGCCAGGAGACUGCAGUAAACCCCGUUGACAUUGUGAGCACCUUGCAGGCGCUUCAGAUGCUCAAGUACUGGAAGGGAAAACACCUGGUCCUAAAAAGACAGGAUCUGAUUGAUGAAUGGAUAGCCAAAGAGGCAAAAAGAUCCAACAGCAAUAAGAUAAUGGAUCCCAGCUGUUUGAAAUGGACCCCUCCUAAGGGAACUUAACUGUUUCUCACUCCUGAAACCAGUGAACCCCAGCAGUAGGAAGUACCCUAGGGAUCUCUGUUGUAUCUGUUGCUGUUGUGAUUGGCUGGUACAGUACCCUCCUGAAAGAUCAGUUCCCCUUGGUACUGUUCUGGCCCAGAUCUUUUGUGCACACCACAGACGCUGGUUCUGAGGAACUUUAUGUUUCGGCCUCAAUGAGGUUGCAAGGAUUGGAUCUGUAUAGGACCCAAACAAAGCUCCUAGCAGCACUGGCCCAAGGAGUUCUGAUACCUGGUACUGUACCUGUCCAGUCACUGGUCUUACCCUCAUGUUCUUAUUCCGAUGAGGUUGUGUUGUGCCCUAUAAUCUGAUUGUUUCUUCCUUCAGGUUCCUUGCAUUCUAAGUAAUGGAGGUAACUUCUGUGGCUUUUGAACAAGGUUUGAUAGUGCUUGUUGGGGAAAGUGGUUUUCCAACACACUUGCAGUUACACUGACUUUAGCAUCUUUAACGAGGCCUAUCUGAUGGACUGUUCCAUUCCUUGUAUCAAAUAGUUUUAGUAAGGUAACAUGCCACCUCAUUCAGGAGUGUUUUCCCUAUACUAUAGCAAGUCUUCACAUAGUUAAUACUGUACAGUCAGAAGCGUGUUUAUCUCAUAACUGAGUGGUGUGGUCGUUGGUGUUGACUCCUCCAGGGUAAGGCUUCAGUGUGCAAGAAGAUCGCGUCUGUUGGACAGACCUCUUCGGUUGUAAGUUGCUGGGUUUUCCUGUUUCAUCUCUUGGAGUUAGUGAGUUCCUCUACACAGAAGCAGCCUGUUCAUUAUAUUUCACUGGAGGUAUUUUUCCCAGAGCAAUCUUCCUUGAGUUGUAGGUCUCAUUGUAUUGGAGAGGAUUGGUUUUUCCUUCAGACUGAAGAAAUAAAAACUUUAGACAGAUUUUUGCCAGCCUUGUCCAAACAGACACAGAAGCUCCACGAUGCCAAUAGUCACCCAUUGUUGGAUUGCCUUUAGUGUACGUUCUGUGCAUCAGUGGCAGCUCUGAUUAGCUGUGUGGAUGGUUUGCUUCUCUGACAGUUUGUUCCUGUUUGUCUUUGUAAAACAAAAAAAGCUUUUAUUUCCUCUCUCCCGUCAGCACCACCAGAAGAAACUAUUAUACAAUGGCUUUCAAGUGUAACCACCGUCCUUGUGCCACAAGUUUCUUAUAUGGCUCCAGUGUUAAUUAAAAGGGGGGGACAAUCUUAGGGUAGGUGAUGGCAGCAUUGGACAGUGCUGAUUUCAUUUAAACCUUCCAAUGCUUCCUCAUUGAAUGGUGUCUGAAAUGAAGCAUUUGCCCUGUAUCAGUAGGUAGGAGUCAUUUCCUGUUAACCACUGACCCAUCCUAAUGGGGAGAAGUUCUCUGAUGGUUGCUCUUCUGAUGGUUGUCUGCCUUUCUCUGCCUCCCUUAAAAAAAGAAAAUGAAAAAAAGAUCAUCAGUACAUGGCGUAGACCUUGUGGGCAUUACUGAGUUUUGCUCUCUCAUGCCCUUUGCUCCUCUGUCGUAACUAACUACAGAUACUCAUGAAACUAUCCAACAAAGUAGAUCUCUUGUGGAGUAGGGAAGAAAAGCCAUUCUUGUGCAGAAGCUAAACCCUUUUCCCAUGAUGUGGUAGAAUGUGCUAUUCUUGUAUCUACUUCUCAAUAAAGCAUGUUCUCUGCUCAA